CAGCCAAUGAACGGUGAGGACAGGUGCCGUGAAGGAACUGGGUGUGGCGUCGUUCCUGGGCUGGAGGACUUUGUUAGGGUUUUAUGGCGUUCGUACUCGGUGUUUAAGGGGAUUGUCGAGUACAGUACGGGGUUUUCGGGUGGCUCCAGAGGUAGGCGGAGCCCGCCCGUUGAUAUCCGUUACCCGUGAAGUCUGGCGCGCACGGUGUGAGGAGCUCUUAUUCAAAGCGCUACUUUGCCUGGUGCAUCGCAGAUACUAAGGUAUAGCGUAAGCGUUGAGGAUUAUAUAAUACGAGCAAGCGCUGUAAUAAACAAUGCCGAACAGGGAUAACUAUGCAAAUGGCGGUGGCAGCAGCGGUAGUGGCAGUGAUGAAGCGGCUUCAACAGUCGAUUUUGUGUGCCGUGACUUCUUGCGUAAUGUGUGCAAGCGUGGCAAGCGCUGCCGUUUCAAGCAUCCAGAUUCCAAUGAUGUGUCUGACCUUGGAGUGCAAAAGAAUGAAUUUAUUUUUUGCCACGAUUUCCAGAAUAAGGAAUGUGUGCGUAUUAACUGCAGAUUCAUUCAUGGUACCAAGGAUGAUGAAGAGCAUUACAAGAAAUCUGGAGAGCUACCUUCUCGCUUGCGUAAUAAGGUUGCAGCUGGACUUGGCUUGUCUCCCACAGACAUAGCUAAUAAAGAUGAGAUUCCCAUCUGCAGGGAUUUCCUAAAGGGUGAUUGCCAGCGCGGUGAGAAGUGCAAGUUUCAGCAUUUUCGCAGCAUGCAGAGAGAUUACGAUUAUCAAUUUGAAUAUUCAAGUAACAGGCAAAGUGGAGUUAUGGCUACAAGUGCAGCUACUGGAAGUUUUUCUACACCUGCAAGCCGUGCAUUUGAGCAUUGUGGCUCCUAUGAUGGCCUUUCUGAGCCCGCAUACUUGUCCUCUUCAUAUUAUCGCUAUAGGGAUCGAUUUGACGAUCCCGUAAUGAAGAGGAGGCGUGUAGGCUAUGAUGGAUACUAUAAUGUAUCCCCAGUUGAGUACAGUAUGUUAGAGGAAGAAAAUGUCAUGCUUCGUAGGCGCGUUGAGGAGCUAAAAAAGCAGGUCUCUGUCUUAGCAGCAACUAAUGAAGUGUUACUGGACCAGAACGCUCAGUUUCGUAGCCAAGCCAAAGUUGUUACACUUAGCACACUGAGCACCACUGCUCCAACUAGUGAACAGGCUGUAGGGACUGUGACUAACUACAACCACGGCCUUACACCAAACCAAGGGAAUGUAACUAACUACAACCACGGCAUUGCACAAACCCACACCACAUUAAGCAGUCAGGCAAUGCAGCCUCGAGCAGUUACUCAACAGGAGUUGGUGGCUUCCACUGGUGCCCCUGCUCCUGCGCAGACCAAUGCAGCCCCUCAGUUAAAUCCUGAAAUCACACCACUUUCUGCUGCACUGGCACAAACGAUUGCUCAAGGAAUGGCACCUCCACCUGUUUCCAUGGCAUCGGUUGCAGUGUCUGUGGCACCCGUGGCAGUUUCCAUGGCACAGCCCUUACCUGGCAUUACAAUGAGCCAAUGCACUACACCAAUGGUAUCAUAUCCUAUUGCUUCACAAAGCAUGCGCAUAACAGCCAUGCCCCACUGAAAUUGCUUAGGUAUAGUGUGUUUUCAGUGAGCACAUAAUUUGAGGAAGUGUAAUGUUUACCUUUAAAAUAAUUUUUGAUGUGACUAAUGUUUUUGUGUGCUUGCUGUAUAAUAUUUCCAUUGUAUCACAUACACCAAGUUAAUAGAAUUUUUCCUUUUGUGUAUUAGACAGGAUAGGUUCACCUCUCAGACAACUGCUGCAAAAAAAAAUCUUUUGGCCCAAUAGACUUUGGUAGGUUUGCGCUGAGGGGCAUAUAAAGACAAACCAUUGUACAGAACUGCUAAGCAGGAAGCAGCACCUGCAUUUGUAAUGAGCAAAUAUGACUGUUCCUACAUGUAUAGGAUUACAACCUACACAUAGUAACAAGUAUUUUAAACAGAUUAUCGGGCAGAUUAUUUUAACAUCUAUAUCUUAAAGCAGCAAUCCAGGCACAACAUUUUAGUUUUAAAUACAUUCCUUAAUCGCCAAGGACGUAUAUACUUUCUGUGCACCUUAUGCCUUUUCAAAACAGGAUAUUACAUUAUAAAUGUAGCAGUGACUGUGCUUUACGUAGGUUUGAGCAGAUCAGUGGGAGGGACACAGCAGGCCCCACCCACUUCAGGCUGCCUGCGGAAAACUAUAGAGGGUUGCAGAGGCAAGACCAACCACCCUGAACAAGAAGAAAGAGCAGCAGGGACUGGGCUUUUGCUAUGAAAGCUCCUGUAAAGUUUCCCCCUGGAUUACUGCACAGAUCUGGCAGAAAUUCAUAAAACACAAGGAGAUUCAAGUAAGAACACACACGCCUUUUUAAAAAAAAAAAAAAAACAAUGCUUAUCCCAGAAUUCACUUUGCUUUUCUUGCAUACUUCCCUCUGUCCCUUGCCCCCCCCUUUUUUUCCCCUCUCCUUUUUAAGGUAAACAUGUCAUGAGAUGAAAUUUGAUGGACCAAAUCUUGUCUAGUCCAUUUUGUUUUUCAUUUUGUUUUAAAAAAAAAAGUAUUUUUCUUUUCCUUUGCAUGUUGAAAACCAACAUCUCGGUGUUUAUUUAGAUGCUUAUAUGUUGUUGUUGUACUAUGGGAUGUACAAAGUAAGCUUGACAUCCUGUGUUUAGAAGUUUUAAAUGGCAAAAUGUACUGUUUGCUGCUAUAAAAGUUGUGAAAACGA